UUUGUGUGACAUAAGAAUAUAUGACACACAAUGUGUGACUGGAUAACGAGAUAGCUAGGAUUUAUAUCUGGUGACUUCGCUUGUUGCCUAGCUAUAUGUGAUGUGAUGCUAGCUACAUUGCUAUUUACCGAACGCUAGCUGACGUUAUCUGGCCGUAGGUUCAUCGAUACUAUUCGGCAAUGCAAGGUGUGAUGCAGAGUGUGUGAAGUCGUCCUGAUGGAAGGAAAAGGACCGUUCAGGAUCUACGAUCCGGGUGGGAGUGAGCCCAGUGGCACCUCCUACAGGCAGCUGGUGGAAGAGAACGGCGUUCUGAGGGAGAGGAUGAAGGGACUGAAGAGCUUAGGCCACCUCCUGGAGGAGUCGCAGCAGGAGGCGUCGAAACUGCGGCAGAGGGUGGAGGAGCUGGUGAGGGACAACGAGACCCUGCGGUCCUCCACCUCUUCCUCCGUGUCCAGCCUGUGUGUGGCUCCCCCCGUUCAGGUCGACCUCCAGGCCCAGGUCAAGACACACGGACCCUCUGCCGUCGAGCCCACCCAGCCAUCCAACUGCCCCACAGUACACUCAGUCCAGCCAGAGUCCACCGAAGGAUCGUCGGAAUUUGAAGUGGUGAACAUGGAUGAAAAGGGGGCGUCCGGUGAUGACAAAUCGGGCGAGACGCAGUUGCCCAGGGAAACGCUAGGGCUGGCCAGCCAGCUGCAGAGACUGGAGAGCUCCUUCAGCCUGUUCUCUGAGGAGUCCAACCCCAACCAGCUGCUGGCACACCUGGGCCGCAUGGCCGUGGAGUUCAACCGCCUCUCCUCCAAAGUGCAGAAGAACGAGCAGCGCACCUCCCUCCUGCAGACUCUGUGUGAGCAGCUUCGCCAGGAGAACAGCGAGCUCCGUAAGAAGAUGGAGGAGGACCUGCAGCACAGAAACCAGGACCUGGAGCUGCUCAGGCAGGAGAACCUGAAGCUGAGGAAGCUGGUCACCGGCAGCGAGGAGCCCACGGGAAGCCAAUCGCAGGAGGCAGUCAGGGAAGACGUGGUGAAACUGGAACCCCUCGGAGCCAAGAUGGAGGCGGCCAUGACUCAGCAGUGUUGUUUUGCGUUCAUGCAGAGCACCAAAGGUGCAGAGAAAGCAGCGUCGAAGCCCUGCGACCCGGAAAUGCUGGAAAAGAAGAGCAAGCCAUGUGACCCAGAAUCGUACGAGAAAAAGAUCAAACUCCUGGAGAAGCAGAGGAAGGAUGUGCUGGAAGUGAACAAGCAGUGGGACAUACAGUGGAACUCCAUGAAGCAGCAGUUUGAACAGAAGAUCACAGACCUCAGGCAGCGGCUGGCGGACUCUCAGAAGGCCGUGGGGGAGCUGGAGGCAGAGCGGGAGCAGAGACAGCGGGAUUACGAUAAGAAGCUUCUGCUGGCAAAGUCCAAGAUCGAGAACCUACAGGCGGAGAAGGAGGUCUUAAGUACAGAGACUGGGGAGCAGAGGCAGAAGGUUCGUUACCUGCAGGAGCAGCUGCUGCCGCUCAGUAAACAGCGUGAAUAUCAAGAGAAGGAGAUCCAGCGCCUCAAUCGCGCCCUGGAAGAAGCCCUGAACCUGCACCCCCCGUCGUCGGCUCAGCAACCUCAGUUUGGGAACCAUGGAGACGGGUCGGGAGGCAGCCGGCGUCAGGAGCUUCUGACCCAGAUCGCCGUGCUGAAGGAGCAGGUGAAGAUCUUCGAGGAGGACUUCCAGAAGGAGAGGAGCGACAGGGAGAGGAUGAAUGAGGAGAAGGAGGAUCUGCGGAGACAGGUGGACAGGCUUCAGGGCCAGAUGACCAAUCUCACCAAUCAGCUGCAUCAGACACAGAGUGAGUGUCAGAGAGAGCGUGCAGAGAGGUGUAAGCUGGAGAGACUGCACAUGCACCUCAAACAGGGCCCGCAUGAGCGACGUACCUCAGACCCCACGUCCAGCUCUGCCAACGGGCCCCUGAGCCCCCCCUACAUUGGGCACUUCGCGGCCCCCGGCCCCCCCGCCCCGUCCCAGGGCUUCGAGGCCUGGCCCGCCCACUGCCCCCCGAGGAUGCCCAACAUCGGCCCCACCCACGGGCGGGACUUCCAGCCCCAUCACCCAGGGUUCCCCUGGCAGACUUCGUUCCCUCAGCCCCGAGGCGGGAGAGCACCCCCAGAGGCCCCACGACCGCCCCCAGAGAACACAGAUGCCCCUGCCGCAGGGUUCGGGAAGCGGGAGCGACAGAACAUGGACCCCGGGAAGCACUGAGAGCUGCAGCUCUGCACAGGGCUACACCGGGGCACUUAUUGUUGGGUUGGCAUAGUGAGUGAAUUCAUCCUGAAAUAAAUUUCUUACUGUAUAGAUAUUGUAUCGUAACAUUGUUUAUGCUAACCUUUUAUAAACCUCUGUGAAAUAACGUUUUGCUGAUUUAAAAAAAUAUAUUAUUGUAAUACAGAUCAUUUAUAGUUGAUCUCGUUGUUAGUUAUUCCGUAUAAAAUCCUGUGUUUAAAGGAUUCCAGAUUUAAGUUCUAUUUUUUUUUUUUCCCUGGAAGAAAUGGUCAGGCUUCAGUAGAAGUGGACGGAUAUUCUUGUGUAAUUGCACAUGGUCACCCGGUUGUGUGGGCACAGUGUAACUGCAUGGAAAGAUUGAGCGACUGCUAUUUGAAUGCUCUUUGUUAUAUAUCUGGUGUAAUUGCAGAAAUGGUAGCAGGAAUUAGUUCUAUUUUGGAUUGCAGUUUGGCCAGGAUUGAGGAGUGAAUGCAAAGAUAAUCACUUGCUCAUUAAAUCAUUCUGUUUGGCAACAGUGAGUCCACACAGUACACAGCAGUUACAUUGAAUACUCACAGGGAUAAAAACCAUCUAUGUAAUAUAAUCUGUUCCUGAUUACAUUUUGCAAAUCUUCAUAUUGUAUCAUUGAUAUUGUGAUGUGUUCAGUACCAUAGUUAGUACAAAUAAGAAAAGGUUUUGGCGAUAAUGUAUAAUUACCCAAACCACGAAGACAGGUUAAAUUUAAUGUAUUAAUGGGUUAAUAAAAUGAAUUGGUGAUCACACCUACCAAAAAACACAGUCUUGACAAAAACACAAUGUGUACAAGCAUUGUGUUAACGUUGUCUGAAUGUUGUACACGCUAUGUUUUCUUUUUUCUUUUUCUUUGUAUGUUACUGUCAUUGUCUCCCUCAAUGUGUUCAAUAUAAAAUAUUACAAAACGAUUUUACCCUGUUCUUAAAUAAAUUAAUGAUUAAUGUUCUGGAAAAUGAAAAUUCUGGAAGUUUUGUGGAGUAGAGCCCUUGAGUGGUUGUGACUGGCUUUUUGCUAGCAUGAAUAUUCUUUUUCUUUACCACUGGUCAUGAGAGGUUUUUUUUUGUUGUAAUUUACUAGUAGACCGAAGCACUCUGUGUCAGGCACAUUUUUUGUACUCGAAUUGCAUAAUAAUAAAUAUAUUGGGAAUGUCA